AAGAUACUGAGGAUCACAAAUCUGUAUUCUGUAACUGUAAAAUAAGUCUGGGAUUGGGAUUGUAACAAUUGCCAUUACCGCUAGUGCAUUCGAAGCGUCAUCAGGCGUUCGUACCUGUUCGUACCGCUCCAUACCGCUCAGUUAGUUAGGAUAGGAUCACAAUGAAACUUUUAUUACUAUUAUUUGUUUUUGGAUUAUCGGGAUUACUGGGAAACGUCAGUGCCGAUGACAAAACCGCGAAAGGACCUAAAGUUACCCAAGUAGUGUACUUUGAUUUAAAACGAGGCGAUGAGGAUCUCGGUAGGGUUAGAAUAGGUCUUUUUGGUAAUACAGUCCCUAAGACAGUGAAAAAUUUUGUUGAGUUGGCAAAAAAAGAAAAAGGCCAAGGAUACAAAGGAAGCAAAUUCCACCGUGUAAUUGAAAACUUUAUGAUCCAAGGAGGUGACUUUACUAAAGGAGAUGGUACAGGAGGAAAAAGUAUCUACGGAGAUCGUUUCCAAGAUGAAAACUUUAAGCUGAAGCAUUACGGAGCCGGAUGGUUGUCGAUGGCCAACGCUGGUAAAGAUACUAACGGGUCACAAUUUUUUAUCACAACUGUAAAAACUCCUUGGCUGGACGGUAGACACGUCGUAUUCGGCAAAGUUAUCGAAGGAAUGACAGUAGUAAGGAAAGUCGAAAAAACCACCACUGGACACAACGACAAGCCUGUACUAGACAUAAUAAUUGCCGACUGUGGAGUCGAAGAUGUUACUGAACCAUUUUCAGUCACUAGAGAAGAUGCUAAAGAAUGAAUUUAAUUUUAUGACAUUUUAUAAAAUUCAUCAU